AUUAAAAUAAAAUCAGCGCUCCCUUUGGCAUUACGAACAUGCUGCAAUCCAUAUGCUAGUGCGCGAAAGUCACGAAGAAAGCACAGCCUCUACCAUCUCAUCACGUUCUUCAGCACCUUCCUUUCUCUCACAACAAUGGCGGUUGACGAAGAAUCAAAAAAGGCAUUCCUCGCAUCUGCCAUCGACGCUGCUCAGAAAGCUGGUGAGCUUAUUCGAAAAGGGUUCUACCAGACAAAACACGUUGAGCACAAAGGAGUGGUUGAUUUGGUCACUGAAACUGAUAAAGCAUGUGAAGAACUCAUCUUUACUCAGCUCAAGCAGCAAUACCCGACUCACAAGUUCAUUGGGGAGGAAACUACAGCUGCUUUUGGCACUACAGAACUUACAGAUGAUCCCACAUGGAUUGUUGAUCCCCUGGAUGGAACUACUAACUUUGUGCAUGGGUUCCCCUUUGUUUGUGUCUCCAUUGGUCUUACAAUUGGAAAAACUCCUGAAGUUGGUGUUGUGUACAAUCCGAUAAUGAAUGAGCUGUUCACUGGUGUCCGUGGACAAGGUGCCUUUUUGAAUGGGAACCCUAUAAAAGUAUCAUCACAGACUGAACUAAUGAGCUCUCUUCUUGCAACUGAGGCUGGAACUAAGCGUGACAAGAUAACUCUAGAUGCGUCAACCGAUAGGAUCAAUAGCUUGCUUUUCAAGGUGAGAUCUCUUCGAAUGAGUGGCUCCUGUGCUCUGAAUCUUUGCGGAAUUGCAUGUGGAAGGCUAGAUGUAUUCUUUGAAGUUGGCUUUGGUGGCCCAUGGGAUGUAGCAGGUGGUGCUGUCAUUGUUAGAGAAGCUGGAGGUGUUGUAUUUGAUCCGUCUGGUGCAGAUUUUGACAUAACAGCUCAGAGAGUAGCUGCUUCAAACCCCUUCGUGAAGGAUGCAUUUGUUGAUGCCCUUCGCGACAUGGUGUGAAAAAUUUAGUGUUAAUGAAUGUCCUGGAGAAAUUGCCUUUAGUCCUUCCCUGUUGCCAUUUAGCUUCUCAAAUAAUAAAAUUCAGCUUGGGGAUAAAAUGUACCUGGUAGAAAUGCUUGAGAAUUUUUAUAAUUCUUGUGUGAAUUUCCAAACAAAGUAGUCAAUGAUGAUCAUUUUAAAUCAUCUCAAGAAGUGCAUCCUAUUAUAAAAUCCCUUGUUUGUCGCCAAAUUAUUACUAGCAUGUAAUGUGUCCUCUAAUUCUCAAACAAGUGUCUAAAGUGAACUGAAUGAUGCUCCAACUCGCUGUAGUUUAUGAAAAAAAUCCCCUUCAUAAAGCGAGAAAGUAAUGAUGGAAUCAUUCUUAGAUAUUUAUGAGUUAGUAUUGCAAUGUAUUUUAAAAUAUAUCCAUUGUUUAAUGUUGUCUUACUCGUUGUUGA